AUUAAUUUGUAGCAACUAGGUAAUUGUGACACUAAUCUCUUUAGUUCUAUGAGACAGUUUUGGUUGUCUCCAAGAUGAUCGAAGAACACAGUUCGUCACAUGCUUCCGAUGAGCACAAGGCACCACUUCUCCCCGUUCACGAGCCAGUUGAAAGCAGCGUCUCCUUCAGCUUCAAAUCCCUUCUCACACUGAAAAACUUUUAUGUCAUUCUGGGACCUUUGUUGUCCAUUUUCAUAUGCCUCCUCGUGAAGCUCGACGCUCCACCCACAAGCCAGAAAAUGCUUGGUGUCAUUGCAUGGCUCUUCGCUUGGUGGCUCACGGAGGCCGUGCCACUUGCCGUCACCUCCAUGUGUCCCUUGUUUCUCUUCCCUCUCUUUGGGAUUGCUUCAUCUGAUACCGUCGCCCACUCUUACAUGGACGACGUCGUCACGCUCGUUUUGGGAAGCUUCAUUCUCGCUCUCGCCGUUGAACGCUAUAAUGUGCAUCGGAGAUUGGCCUUGAACGUAACGUUGCUGUUUUGUGGGGAUCCGAUGAGUCCCGCGUUGUUUUUGUUGGGGUGGUGUGUGACGAUAUUCUUGGUGAGCAUGUGGCUGCUGAACAUGCCAACGGCGGUGAUGAUGAUGUCAGUGGCGACGGGGAUCGUGGAGCGGCUAUCGACGGUGCAGGAGCAAUCGGAGGCUAUAAACAAGUUCUGCAAGGCUGUGAUUCUGACGGUGGUGUUUGCGACACCCAUUGGAGGGAUAAGCACUCUUACGGGGACGGGUGUGAACUUGAUAAUAGUCGGAAUGUGGAAGAGCCUCUUCCCUGAGGCAAAGCCAAUCAGCUUCAACACGUGGUUCUUCUUUGGUUUCCCUGUGGCUAUUCUCAUCCUCCUUUGUUUUUGGUGCAUUAUUUGCGUCCUCUAUGUGCCAAAAGGCUCUGCUCGUGCUUUGUCUCCUUACUUGGACAAAACUCACUUGAAAAGGGACCUCGAAGCUCUUGGUCCCAUGGCUUUUGCUGAGAAAAUGGUGUUAUCUAUGUUUGGGCCAAAUGGUAAAUUAAUGCAGUUGUUGAUCAUACUAUGGAUGACAAGAAGAAUCACAGAUGACAUUCCUGGAUGGGGAGUUUUAUUCCAUGGCCUUGUUGGUGAUGGAAGUGUCAGUAUAGCCAGGACUAUGCAUGUGCAUCCUCUUCUUCUUAUGAUCCCUGGUGGAAUAGCAACCGAGUUUGCUUUCUGGCUUCCAACUUCAACACCAUCAAAUGCACUUGGGUUUGCCACUGGACACAUAGAAAUUAAAGAUAUGCUCAAAGUUGGUGUGCCACUCAAGGUUGUUGGGAUUGUUGUCUUGUCUCUUCUCAUGCCAUCACUAGGAACUAUUGUUUUUGGAACUGAUACUUUUACUCAAUAAUUAACCAAGGAAAACUUUUGUGGGAAAUUCAUUUCUUCCCCAAACUCCCCUUUGUUUUAUAAAUUUUGGAUGGGUCUUUUACCAUUCAUGGAAUCCAGUUUAUUUAGGGGAACAAAAUUUAAAUAUUAUGUAAUGACCUUAUGCUAUAUCUAAGUAAUGAAGAAUAAUGUGUGCAAGUAUCAAGAGACAAAAGGAGAAGAC